AUGUCUGCUGAGGAGGAAGAAAAUGCCGCAGAACUCAAGAUUGGUGAAGGUCGGUUACUAUUUGUCUUGCAUAUUUUUUAUUUUUUAUUUUUCCCUCGCGUGUUGUUCCAUUUAUGAAAUCGGGUAUGCAUUUUCUUUGAGACGGGUAAUUUAGAGCCUCGAGGUUGUGGCGUGGUAAAUUUAGGGCCUCAAGGUUCUGAGAUGCAGAAUUUAGAGCUUUAUGGUUGCCAGAUAUUGUUAGAGCCUCAAGUUUUUCAGGUGGCUCUUUGAUCAGUUAAUUUGAGAUGCUGAAUUGGUCAGUCUUGAGCUGAUUUAGAUUGUAAUCAUUUUUACUAAACUCGGUGGGUUUGCUAGAAAGACUCCUAGUCUCGGAUAAAUUGCGUCUUGAACAUUUACGCUUUAUCAAAAUCAUAAGAGAAGGAUAAUGGAUACAAAAUAAAAAAAUUCAAGGUGAUAGGAUUGUCGAAUUCCGUGGUAGUCACCAUUAUUUUCCUUGUCUGUGGUUUCGUAAAGGAGACCCUACAGUUGUGUGCUAUGAUAACUUUGUGCCCAUACUACACUGUAAAUUGUUACUGUCGCACAAAAAAAAUGGCUUCAGGUUCUUUUUUUCCAUUAUGUAUUGCGAAUAUCAGUGACAGACUCGUAAAAGAAUGAUGAAAAAUUAUUUUUAUUAAUGAUCUGAAAGUGUGAAGAAGAAGAAAGGGACAAGCUCUUCUCUUGUCUGGAAUUUCGUCCUUCAUGAACUCACCCUUAUGGGAUUUAUGAUAUCAUUCCUAUGGAUCUGGUCACAAUAGCUUUUUUCAUACCUCUAUGUCUUUUUGAUACAAUAUUCACGUUUCUUUCCCCUCUGUAACUGCUCUUUCAUUGUUCUUACAUGUUUUACUUACCUAAAAGAGCGCUUGUAUUUUCUCUAUUUUACUCACAGAGUUUUUGAAGGCCAAGUGUCUGAUGAACUGUGAAGUGUCACUAAUUCUUGACAAAAAGUAUGAGCAACUUCAAAAUAUGUCUGAUGACCCUCUGAGCCAGACUUCUCAGUAAGUGUCGCUCAACAAAGUUUCUAAAACCAUUUGAACAAAUUAGGGGGAUCUAAUGAUCUCCUCUUUUUAUGAUAGGGUGUUUGAAAAGUCACUGCAGUAUGUGAAGCGCUUCAGUCGGUACAAAAACUCAGAGACCGUGAAGCAAGUUCGAGAGUAUCCGUUUUUUAGAGACUUUAUAUGGGAUGACUAAUAGAAUAACCUGAUAAUCUGAAGCGCUGUACAACUCGUGUCUUUUUUGUUUAACUAAAACUAAAGAUGAUAAUGCUUUCGUUUUUUCUCUAUAGGAACAUAAUGAGAAAAGAUUCGUCUCGUCCAUGAGCUGAGCCAAAAUUGUCGAUUUUUUUCCAUUGUUUUCUGGGACGCAUUUGUUCUUAAAUAACCUUUUGAUUACACUAGCACAAGAGGGAGAUGCAAUCCUAUUCAUUCAAAGACGGUGCACGAACAGGUGUGAGGAAAAUAAUUUCCAUAAAAAUAACGUGUAUUCCCUCAUGGCAAGUUAAAAAAGGUCAUUUUAGUAUCGGAAUCCAUUUUAAUGCCAAAAAAGUGAACGAUCAUGAUCGUAGACGUUUAUUAGACAUGACUGUUCUACUUUGAUAUGUGGAGGUUAUGUGGCAUUUUUGUGUGAUUCUUAACACAUUUGUUCAGAGUUCUCAGUAGGAACCGGUUGGCUGAAUUUGAGGUAUGCAUGUGCUUACAUGAAAGUGAAAAAUCUUGAAUUUUGUAAAGUUACUAACUGAUGUGCAUUCACUUUUCAGCUCUGUGUGCUAGGCAAUCUUUGCCCAGAAACUGUUGAGGAAGCUAUUGCAAUGGUUCCCACCAUCAAGGUACAUUCCGAUUUAGAAACACAUAGCAGCCACUCGCAUUAGUUUAAUCAUAUUUUUAUAGAUAUGUAACCUUUGACUCGACAAUCUCUUCCAUGUGCCUGUGUCGCUGAUCUUGCCAGUUAAAUGUACUUCUUUUCUAGUUAUCGUACUUUCCGGUUUGUUGGUGUGAUAUUGGAAAUGGGUAAUUAAUUGGAAGCUAAUAGAACUUUGUAUGGGAUAAACCUUCAUCUUGUCAGUAGUGUUAAGGAAAAAAAUGCACAGGACUCGACCAGACACUGGCCUUUGACUUUCUCUCUCUUUGGGGUUGAUUUUAAGGCUCAAGCCUGGCCUUCCUGGCUUACUCGACCUGUUGGCAUGCCCUGUGAGCCAUCCUCAGAAUAUUAUUCAAAAAAAUAUAUCAUUUUUUGGUCUUGUAAGUAAUAGAGGGGAUGUCUGCUUUGCGACUGAGGAGUCUUUCCAUAAAAUAUAUUUUGUGGCUCUGUUCAUCAGAUCAAGAGUUUGUAAUUUCUGGGUUUCUGUGCAAAAUGUGAAACAUGCAUACUUGGUGGUUAGUUUUAUUUAAUUUAUAAUUUUAUUUACUUAUUUAUUUUUACAGUCCAAAGGGCGGUUUCAAGAUGAUGAUGCAAUCGAUAAAAUGCUGCGCGACCUGUCUUUGAUCAAAAAAUUUGAAUAG